UAUGAAUUAAACAAAUUAGCUUCUGCAGUGAAGUGUGCCAGACCACCUCCCCGGAUUCAUAGCCAUCCAUAUUGAUUUGAUGAACUUAAUCUCUCUCAUCGUCUCAUUGUCCAAAACCGUUUUCCCCGGUGACGCUCAUAUCGCCUGUCUGAGCGAAGCCCCUUCGAUACGUACGUCUGCAUGAUUCCACUUAUUCAUAGUCAGCACCGCUUCUAUUCACCUGGCUUUCUUGUGAUUUGAUUCUACUGAGCUACCCUGAUAAUUAUCGUUUGCUUUCCAGUCUUCCCGAGUAUGUUACCCUGGGGUCCAUUGGAUUACGGUCGGCGUUGUUUUCAGCAGUACUGUAUGUGUUUGGCCAUUUAUAUGUGUGAACCAUGGGAACAAGUGAUGGUGCAUACUAUCAUGUUGGCCGUUGCUAUUGUGAUCAUCUAUUCUGCUAUCCUGUUCAUUCCAAGCCACACUACUACUUUUAUCACUUUCCUGCUCGAAUGCCUUCGCUCCUGA